AUGUCUCAGAAGGACCAGUCAAAAUGGUCUGAUCGGCUGCUGGCGCCAAAUGACUCCUACUGCAACAUGCCCAAUGAUACCUCCGUAGCGAGCGGGCUGGAUAUCAAGGUCUACGGGAGACAGGUGGUUGACGGAUCUGCCACAUCUGCUUAUGACAGCAUAAUCGAGUCGGCCACCAAAGGCUCUUUCUUGCAAAUUGCGCAACGAAAGGACUUGCGACUUGGCCCCCAAAACAACCUGCCUGCAGGUGUCCCGUAA